GGGUUGUUUACAAAGUUCCAGUUACGAUCCCUGCCUACAGGUCUAUACAGUCUGAGCAACCCUGUGCUACUGUAUAUGGCUCUGUAGCUGGGAUUUAGCCCCGCCCCUUCCCUCUGCUGUAACCUGAGCUGCAGCUGUGAGGAGAAUCAGAGAAUCCCCUCAGAUAUAGAGCAGGUUCUUUCUGUGUGAUAGAUAAGGAUUGCUUGUUGAUUUUCAGAAAUGGAGGAUGGAUCAUCUUUAAAAAGAAUAACAGGUCUUAUUACUGAUUUGUUGGGGAGACCGCUACCAUCUGCUGUGGGUGAAAUUAUUGAUCGAUUGUACAAAGAGAUAGAAUGUCUGGAGGAAAAGGAAAUCCAGUGUUCUAAUGCUCAGUUCAUAUUUGAGGUAGACGAAAGUGCUAUCAAUUUGUGGAACUGGGGUGUAACUAAAAGUGCAGAAGAUGCCAUUACUGAGGAUGACAGAGCCAAAGUACGGCAUAUAUCCAGUAAACUUGGGUUGUGGUGUGAAGGGCCUGAGCCUUCUGAAGGAACUUUACGCAGAAACAUAUUGAUGGCCAUAAAGACUGGGAAGGGCUGGAUAGACGUUGGCAAGCCUGACCUUGCAAAUGGAUUCCUUGAAACUGCACUGAAUAGCUUGGAGAAGCUGUAUUUACUGCUAACACAGAGGCAUACACAAGAGGCAGAUAUGAACGUGCACAAAAUAUAUGUGGAGAAGGAUCUAUUUAAAGUGCUCUCAUAUCAAGCAGAAGUGGCUGUGGCUCAAAAAGACUUCAAUUUGGCUUCAAUGAAAAUUCAGAGAUGCAAAGAUAUGCUGUUGAGGCAACCAAAAGAGGCUAUGUACUUGUCAGUUUUGUGUUACAACUUUGGUGUAGAGACAUAUGAAGGGAAGAUUUAUGAGCAGAGCUCGUUCUGGCUGAGUCAGAGCUAUGAGAUUGGAAAAAUGGAUGAGAGAUACAGCACUGGAAAAGAGAUGCAGGCCAAAGUACUGCGGCUCCUUGCUACUUUGUACUGGGAGUGGGACUGCAAAAUCUACCAAGACAAGGCUAUCAGCAUCAUCAAUAUGGCUAAUGAGGAGUAUUUACAUCCUGCUGGUCUCUUCUUAAAAAUGAAAAUUCUUCUGCAUUGUUCCAUGCCUGAUGAUGUUCUCAGUACAGUGGUCACAGAAAUGCUGCAUCACAACCUCUCAAUGGAUAUUUAUCUGAACGCUGUAAGGCUGCUCUUGGAACACAGGAGGGAUUGUGUUGGAUUUGACUUUCUGAAGAUGACCUGCAAGAAAUUUGAAUCUUCUCCUGAUCUUGAGAAAGCUCUUAUUCUGUAUAUUGAACUUCUGCUGCAGAGAGGGAAGGAGUUGCUUGCCCAGCAAAAAAUAGAAGACCUCAUCACAGGUCAUUACUCAAAAAAGCAGUUGUCUCCAGAAAUGCUCAGUCAUUUGCAUGCCAUCUUAUGGGACUAUGCAGCCAAAUGCUUUGAGGCAAAGAACUAUGCUGAGGCUUUGCAAUGGUACAACUACUCCUUAAGCUUCUUUGCGUCUGGACACUCUGAACUUAACCGUGCCAAACUUCAGAGGAACCGGGCGUCUUGUUACAUACUGCUCAAGCAAUAUGCCAAGGCUAGAGAGGCUGCAAAGGAAGCUGAGCGUUGUUAUCCAGACAGCAUUUUCACUCAGUUCACCUUGUUCAGGAUUGAGAUUCUAGAGAAAAAUUUAAGUGAAGCUACUUACGCUCUCCAUGAAAUGAAGAGAUUGGCAUCACAAUCAAAAUCAGAGGAUUUGCUCAUGGAACAGUCCUGCUCACCAAUGGAUUUGCUAAGCCUUGCAGCACAAAUAGCCUUGGAGGGAGAUCACCAUGACAUUGCAAUUAAAGCUUUGGAAAUCCUGGCCGAGCAAUCUCCAGAUAUUCAGCAAGUGUUUAUAGCUCUCAGGUGUUUGAUACGCUUGAUACUCUCAAGAGAAGAUGGAGAUUUGGGAGAAAGAAGGGACGAUGAUCUGGAUCUCAUGAUUUCGUAUUUAAACACAGUGCAAGACAAGCUUGCAGAGUCCCCACAGGAAGGAGCCUUGAACCCAGAAAAGCGUACUAGUGAGGCAAACUGGUUCCGAAAAAUUGCAUGGAAUCUUGCUGUGAAAAACCAGGAAUCCCAACAGAAAAUGAGAGAUUGCUUCAUCCUCUCUUACAAGAUCUCCCUCUUUUGCCCCUGUGAUAAGCCAAUCCUAGUAGCACAAAAAUCUUGCCUUCUGUUGGCAGCUGCUGUAGACUUGGAUUUGGCAAGAAAAGCCACGGAUCAUUUUAAACAGAUACAGCUAUUCACUCAGUCACUGGAACACAUCCAACUAUGUCGUGAGAUAUGGAGAGUUCUCCAGUCCACUGGUGAACUCAUUCAUGACCCAACAGAGGUUCUCUUGCUACUUUAUGAAUUUGAAGUCAGGGCUAAGUUAAAUGAUCCACGGCUGGACUCUGUUUUAGAAGCUGUAUGGGAGUUGCCAAAUCUUGAUAUAAAGACUUUAGAAACCAUCGCUUCUCUGUCCAUGGAGACUCCUGCAUAUUAUCCAUCUAUCUGUAAGCGGGCACUGCAGGGAGCACUUUCAUUGCUUAAAAAGCAGGACCCAGUGGAUACGCCAAGGAUAAGUAAAUGUCUGCACAGCCUGGUGAAGCUAAACCUGCCCAGUGAGAUGAUGGAGAUAGAGCCUUGUGUGCAGGAGGAAGUGUGGAGAUACUACCAAGAGGCCGUCACUAUUAUCACUACUUACGAGGAUUAUCCAGAAACGGAGAUUCUAUGGCUAAUGACACGGGCUUGGAAUACAGGUGCAGUGCUGUACAGUGUGGGGAGGUAUGCAGACACAGAGCAUUGGUGUGCUUUGGCCAUGCGACUGCUCAAUUACCUGGGAUCUUUAAAGAGCACCUAUGAGAAUCAGAUGGCUGGUUUGUACAGCGAGAUUCUAGCACGAUUAGACACAGCGAAAAGGGCCCAACCAAAUGAAGAAUAGUCCAGCAAUCUAGUGUAUCGCUCACAGAACAUGGUGGUAAUCUGCUAGAACUGAUUUUGUGUUUCAUGUUGUACCUGAAUUCUCAAAAAAUUAAAUAACUCAUGUUGA